CGAUGGCCGAGAAGGUGAGCCACGACCGACAACAGUAGGCAUAUCUAGAGGUAGGCGCGACACACCUCGCAAUUCCCCCGACUCUUUCAAUUUCCAUCUUCUGCCCUCCAUAUCCUACAAGUCAUUCCACACUACAGACUGCUAGACAUCUUCUGCACAUCUUCUGCUACAAGUACAAGCAUACCACACCAUACAAUCGCAACAAUGGCACCCUCCGCCGUCUCUGCUCCCGAGCCCACAACAACCAUGGCAAUCAAGCCCACCAAACCCACAAACCCCGGCCUCGAAGUCGAAAAGAAAGAAAAGACACCCUUGGAAGCAAUCUCCCAAGGCGUCUGCCUCCCCGGAAUCCCCAAAUACAUCUCCUUCGACGCCCACCGUCGCGACAUGCUUCAACACAUGGCCGGCGCCUUCCGCGUCUUUGCCAGAAAAGGCUACACCGAAGGCAUGAGUGGCCACAUUUCCGUACGCGAUCCCGAAAACAUCCACACCUUUUGGACAAACCCUUUGGGAAAGCAUUUUGGUCUGCUAAAGGCGUCAGAUAUGAUUUUGGUGGAUUAUGAGGGUGUGGCGAUUGGAGGCAAUAUGUCUAGGCCGGCUAAUGCGGCGGGGNUUUUGAUUCAUAGCGCGGUGCAUAAGGCUAGGCCUGAUGUUGUUGCUGCGUGUCAUACGCAUUCGCCGUAUGGAAAGGCAUGGAGCACUUUUGCUAGGCCGUUGGAGAUGUUGAAUCAGGAUGUUUGCUACUUCUAUGGAGAGGCUCAGGCUGUCUACAAGGAGUUUGGCGGGAUUGUGUUCAACGAGGAGGAAGGUCUUAAGCUUGCCAAUGCUUUGGGACCAAAAGGCAAGGGCAUGAUCUUGAGAAAUCAUGGUUUGUUGACCGUGGGCAACACUGUUGACGAGGCCGCAUACCUCUACACACUCAUGGAGAGGAGUUGCGAGGUGCAAUUGCUUGCAGAGGCAGCUUGUGCAAGUGGCAUCGAGAAGGUCAUCGUACCUGAUGAGUCUGCUGCUUACACCUACAAGAUGGCCAGCGACCCUGACGCUCUUUACGAGGAGUUCCAGCCUGAUCUCGAGUACGAGGAUGUCAUGACCAAUGGUGACUUCAGAAGGUGAGAGCUAUAGGUAUGUAGUCAAACUUAUGAAUCACGUCUCUUAUUACUACGAGCUUGC